GGCCCCCGCCCCGAGGCAGGACGAUGCCGGUGAAGAAGAAGAGGAAGUCCUCGGGGUCGGCGGCUGCAGCGGCGGACGACACCGGCCUCAAGAAAUGUAAACUCGGCAGUGAAAUGGAAGGAGAGGUCAGCACACUUCAAAACAGAAGCAGAUCACAAGCCUCUGGUAAAGUAAUAAGUGGAGAGGAACAUUUUUCAAGCAAAAAGUGCCUGGCUUGGUUUUAUGAAUAUGCAGGUCCCGAUGAAGUGGUGGGGCCUGAAGGAAUGGAAAAGUUCUGUGAAGACAUCGGUGUUGAGCCUGAAAAUAUUAUUAUGUUAGUUUUAGCCUGGAAACUAGAGGCUGAAAGCAUGGGAUUUUUUACCAAGGAAGAAUGGUUAAAAGGAAUGACCUCAUUACAGUGUGACUGUACAGAAAAAUUACAGAGUAAAUUUGACUUCUUGCGGUCACAAUUGAAUGACAUUUCAUCCUUUAAGAAUAUCUACAGAUAUGCCUUUGAUUUUGCAAGGGAUAAAGACCAGCGAAGUCUUGAUAUUGAUACUGCAAAAUCCAUGUUAGCUCUUCUGCUUGGAAGAACUUGGCCACUGUUUUCAGUAUUUUAUCAAUACCUGGAGCAAUCGAAGUAUAGAGUUAUGAACAAGGAUCAGUGGUACAAUGUGCUAGAGUUCAGCAGAACUGUCCAUGCAGAUCUUAGCAACUAUGAUGAAGAUGGCGCAUGGCCUGUACUUCUGGAUGAAUUUGUUGAAUGGCAAAAAGUUCGUCAAGCAUCAUAGCAAGAAUUCAAAAGAAAAUGCAAAAAUUUUUUUGGUGCCCACCUGUACACAAACUAAUGAGAAAAACAAAGGAUUGCAUUUUCAUUCUUAAGAAAGACUUUACAGUAAUUUUUUUUUUCCUUUUUAAGGAAAUUUUCUUGUUACACAUGAUAUGGGCAUUGAACCACACCUUUUCUGAGACUGAAAGUUGGAGUUCUUGUUUUGAGUCUUAUGUUUAUAGCAUUUAUUUCAGAACAAUAAAGAUUCAGAUUUGUGACAAAGGCCUAAAAGUGAAGAAUGUCCCUUGAAUGUGAGUGUGGUGUCUAUUUUUAAAACCAAAUCUUUACGAUUAUCUUUCUCAGAAGUGCCCUUUGCUAUGAAUUUUUGGAGACCUUAAAAAUGCUUAACUGGCACUGUUGCUUGCUGA